AGCAAAUAAGCAACUUGUUACUUAAUUUAGUUUUCCACUUCUUCACUCUCGUUAAUUUUUUCCACUAUAUAUAUAUAUUUUUUGUACUAUUUAUUGCGUUACAAUAAUGAAGUUCACUCUGCUCACACUCGCAAGCGUAUUAAUCGCUGCCGCUUCUAUCAGCACCACCACAACCACUGCCGCUCUUGUAUUGCCUGUGAAUGCACCGGUGGAUACCACGAUACCAGCAAAGAAAUUGUUCACGAGAAAAAGACACGAGGGCGUAUUUGGUCUUCAUAACUACUUUCAUCGUCAUCCCGAACUCAUUCCACCUUACGCUCCUGUCAGAUCCGGUGAGCUCGACGAAACGGAAUAAAUAAAAAAUUAUCUGAAAUACUCUUAUUGGUGUAUUUUAAAUUUUAAAUUUUAGUUAUAUAGAACAAAAUAAAAUAAAUGGGUAGCGUUACUUUGA